CGGGCCCCGGGGCCCCGGGGCAGGUGUGGUGGUGCCGCCGCGGCAGAGGACGAGGUGUCCCGGGCCUGUCGCCGCUCGCUCGGCCUCCUCGUCCUCACGCACGGACCCGAGCAGCAGCAUCAUCGAGCCUCAUGGCUCCGCUGCUGGGGCCUGGUGCUGCAGCGGCGGAGCACAGAGAUGCCUCUUCCCCUCCGACUCGGCUCGGUUCGACUCGACUCGGCUCGGUUCGACUCGGCUCGGUUCGGUUCGACUCGGCUCGGCUCGGUUCGGCUCGGCUCCGUCCGCCCGCAGCUCCGCUCCUGUUCCGGUCGGUUCCUCUGUGGCAGCAGCUGCGACAAAGAAAACACAUUUCUUUUGGGGUCGAACGGUUUUAUACGAUUAAAUAUUAAAGAUUGAUAUUAAAAAUGCAUUUUCACACAACCAGAGCACCGCAGCUGUCAUGGCUGAUCCUUGUCUCUGGUUCCGAGGCCCUGGACCCACCACCUGCACCACGGUGCUGCCAGGGGCGUUGCUACAGGGUCGGAAGAGCAGCCCCCCCCCCCCCCCAGAGAACAGCUGAUUACGUAAAAAUCCCCAGUGAUGACAACAUUUUGUGACAAACCUGGAGACAGAGAACGACAAUUUGGUCAGAGCUGCGAUCUUUCUGCCAAACGCACUGUUAUUUUAUAGGUUUGGUCAAAGACUAGAAUGUCUAAAUGAGAAUGAUGGUGGUAGGGGGUCGAUGUAAGCUUCUCGAUGUAAUCCCCCCCCCUCUAAUUGCCUGGGGUCCCCAGAAUUCCCUUGAAACUCACCUGUGUGCUGCCCCCAUCAACUGCAACGUCUGCUUCAUAGAUGCUGUUGACUCAGGAAGAUGGAGACCGUGGAUGACGUCUGAAGGAGCUCAAUAUAUUGAGGAGAUUUCUGAUUCGUUGCACAGUUCAACAAGUGGUCAGUGCAUGGGGUCACCGAAAAACCUCCCCAGCCCAGUCAGAGUGACGUAUUUAACUCUCAGAAUAAUGUCGUCAUGAAACAGACAGAAUGUCUGUCUCCAUAGAAACGCUCGGCCUCUGUCUCGGUACAUUAAGGACAAAGGGCCGACCUUUUAACAACACUCAACAUUCUGAGAGUCAGGACAGAUUUUCCCUCGACAAUCACGAACAGGAAACUGUCAGCAGCUUCUCUUGGUGAAUGUUUUUUACCAAGAAAAAUGUUGUGAUGUGAUGUUUUGGAUAUUCAGAAUAUUACCAGUGCAUUGAUUCUGGGAAGAUUCCGGACAGUGUUGAAGUUUCAUGAUGACGACACGUCUCCACUUCCUUCCGUUGUUCAAAAAUGAAGCUGAAAUACCCCCGGAUACGGGUGCGGCCAUCUUGAAGUCUCACAACCGGCUGAUUCUGCGUUCCAUUAUACCUCGGCACACCAGAAUAACCCGAGUUGAUUUCGUUCCGGUCGCAUAUUUGGUUGGAAGUCGAAGAACAAGAUGGACGCCUGCUAACCACUGUCAGCAAAACCAGUUCAUAUUAACGCAUUAAGCGUCAUUUCACGCGUACCAACGCCGUAGUAACACGUCCACAGACAGUAGGUCGGUAAUUCAGAGUUUUCGAGGUAUGAAACGCACCAUAACACGUCAUGAUUGAUAGGUGCGUUGGACUCAUUUGCAUCGGUCAAGUGGGACCUUGAUACCACGUCUCCACUCAACGAUCACUACUUCCACCAACACAAGAUGGUGGUGCCCGUAUGCGAGAUGUUUUUGGCUGUGAAGACGAGUCAUCCAUCUUUUUAUCCUGUUUUGACUAAAGGAAAUGUCUGUAAGGAUGGAAAUGGAUAUCAGUGGAGUGUCCAGGACACACGUGUCCAUCUGUGCUGCAGCUGAGAUGAAAGCCACGUUGAAACCAGAAGUCGAGCGGCCUCGCUGUGCCAGCACCCCGUGUUCGCCCAUCAGAGGAACGGUGGCAGGGUACCAGAUCCUGCACAUGGACUCAAACUACCUGGUGGGCUUCACCACCGGCGAGGAGCUGCUCAAACUGGCCCACAAGUUGUCAGAGGGCGCUCCAGAGAAGGGCUCCGUACCGGAGGCCGUGUCCAGCUCCAUCCAGAGCAGCGUCCCCAAGUCCGCUGACUUGGGCGUCCACCGGUCGUCACGAAUCUUCAAAGGGAAGAGCCGCUACUAUCAACCCUACGACAUCCCCGCGGCCAACGGGCGGAGACGGAGGCGCAUGCCCAGCUCGAGUGACACCUUCCUCAGGUCCCUGGCCCACGGGGAGCCGGGGAGGGGUCUGCAUGCCCCGCUGCCCCUAUGUCUGCUCAAAGGGAAGGGGGCCCAGUCCAAGUCCCUGGACUACCUCAACCUGGACAAAAUCAGUAUCAAAGAGUCGUCAGACACUGAGGUGUUGCAGUACCAGCUGCAGCACCUGACCCUGCGGGGGGAGCGGGUGUUCACCAGGAACAAGACAUGAACGCACAGCGGAGGCCUUUUUUUAAUUCUAGGCGUCCUCCGCCCCCUCUCGGGGUUCAGGUGCUAUUUCCAGCUUGGUCUCUUUGUACUCAGAUUAUAAACAGUUGUUUAAGCAGACAGUCUGAUAAUCUUGUUAUAUCAUUAACUGGGGGGGGGGUUUCCUUGUACUGUACCGUAGUACACAUAACGUUGUGAAGAAAUAUUCCUAAAAUUAGUCCUCGCACUGUAACGAGGUUACAGAGGUUUGAAAAAAAAAUGUGAAUCAUUUAAACUUAGCAAUAACUAGUGAAGCUACUUAUUGACGGUGUCGUGUGUUUGUUCCGUUCGGGACGAAGAGAAGCAGCACACGUCACGACCGGCAACGGGCCUGUUGGGCCAGAAUCUGUGUCCAGUCGUGUUCAUGGAGGUUUGAAGAUAUAUGUUGUUGUUGGGUUUUAGUUUUCCUUUCAGAUUAUGACACUGCAUACUACUGUCAAGUUAGGAUGAUCAUUUUUAGUUUGCUUCUAAUUUAUUUAUUGCUCUUUUAUGAAGUUGAGUCAGUAUCAGUAGUGUUUUAAACUUAUUUAACAUGAAAUGGGGAGAAAAACCCUGAUUGAUACUCCAUCAAAACCUGUUCACGAAAAGAGGAGGAGAAUUAAAGUAUGUUUAUGCAAAACGUAGAGAGUUUUUGAACCAACUGGACUCCAACCAAGAACAAUAUGAUUAUGUCAUCAGCUCCUUGGAGUCGCCGUGACGACCCGAAACAAUGUGUUUGGUCGCUGGAACAUUUGUGCUUAUUCUCGUCAUUUGCGCAAAUAUUUGUGAGCGUCGUUACGUGUUAAGCACCAGGGGGCGCCCACGUGCACGGUUAAGUUGCGGCUUGUUUCUAGAGGUUUCGUGACCACUGGUCAUAUUCAAAUGUUGGACUGACGUUAAACAUAGAGCUCAAAGAUUAGACGAUACCUUGAAUGUAGAAAAUAAACAUUUAAAACAAUUUUUGGGCAACUAAUAAAUCAUAAUGAAUAAUUCUCUUCCUCUCGUGCUCAGACGUCAGACGAGUAUCACCUCAGUGUUUCUCUGCUCCUGUUUAUCGGUUGUUGGCUGAUGUGGUCGGGAAUGUGUCGGCUUCAGAAAUACCAUGUUGCCGCAUCUCUAGUUUUGUACAUUGGUCGUGUGUGUGUGUGUGUGUGUGUGUGUGUGUGUGUGUGUGUGUGUGUGUGUGUGUGUGUGUGUGUGUGUGUGUGUGUGUGUGUGUGUGUGUGUGUGUGUGUGUGUGUGUGUGUGUGUGUGUGUGUGUGUGUUCCCUCACACAGCUGGUAACGGAUGUGAUCCCGAUGCCUCUACGACAGUAAAGUCGGGCGUCGACCUUGAUGUUGUCUCCGCCGUGGCACCAGCUGUUCACAGUCAACGCUGCAAUAUUGUACAUAAACGAGCCAUGUGAACACUUUACACUCACGGUUCUGUGAAGCGUCCGAACGCCCCUCGAGUUUCUGCACAGUCGUGACUCUACACUUUACACCAACGCUUGACGAACGUCAUGAGGUUCGAACCCUCGGGUGUCGACGGCGUCUUUUCAAAUUGAUCUGUGGUAGAAAACUGGUAAAAACUGUUGAAUCUGAGUAAAACAGGUGAAGUUCUGUCUUUAUGAUUUGACCUGCAGGUCACCAAGGUCAUUAAUAAUCACCAAGGUAUUAAUAAUCCAACACACAUCUGGACAUUAAUUUUUCUGAAUGGUUACUUCAGAGUUGUGUGUCAGAUCAGCAGGUGGAAAUUUUUUUGGGAAAAAGUACAAUUAUCUUCAAACCAUCUUUUCAUCUUAAAACCGACUAUUUCACAUUGCAACAUGAUACAGAUCUUUUUCUUUUCUCUGAUGUGGCAGCGACGUGCUUUUGUAUUCAUCAGCGUUUCUUUGAUUUGAAACUCGACGGGCGAACGACCCGUUUCACCGCGUCCUGUAUGUAACGUCACUCUUAUGCACUUCUAUCGAUUCCUGAAGCCAAACUGAAAAUGUACGCUUGAUGUUAACCAAUGACUGUUAAGACGAUUAAAGCUUCUUUCAAACUGAAAA